UAACAAGAGUGUAUAUGAAAUCUUUCACUCCUCAAACACAAACUGGACUUCUUCGUGGUGGAUCACAAGUGACAGUUCAGAUAUGAAGAUGUUUUGUGUUCAACUGUUUGUUUUGAUUUGUUUGUAUGCUGCAGUACAGCCGUCCAGUCAAACAGACGGCAGCUCUUUUCUCAUCUACAAUGAGGAUCACAACAGAUGUGUGAAUGUCAUCAGUGCCAGUGUUAUACAGACGGCACCGUGUGAUGUAUCUUCUGACGCUCAGCGUUUCCGAUGGGUUUCUUCUUCAAGAAUUAUCAGCGUCUCUCUUAAACUCUGUUUGGGAGCUCAAAACGUUAAAGACUUUGAGAAAGUGAUCCUUCUGCCCUGUAAAGAGCUCAGUCCUCUACAGACCUGGGAAUGUAAGAAUGAGACCUUGUUUGGCUUAAAGGGACAACCGUUACAUCUGAACUACGGCCAUCGAGGGGACCAAAAUAUGAUGCUGUUAAAGGGAAAUGGAUCUUGGAGUCGCUGGCAGAUUUAUGGGACUACAGACAAUCUGUGUUCUCAUGGAUAUCAAGAGAUUUAUACUCUGGAUGGGAAUUCAUUUGGAAAGCCAUGUCAGUUUCCCUUUAAGUUUAAUGACAAGUGGUACGCUGAGUGCAUCAUGGACGGAAAAUCAGAUGGCAAAAUGUGGUGUUCAACUGAGACAGACUAUGAUUCGGACAAGAAGUGGGGCUUCUGUCCAGCCAAAAGCGUCUCAGGAUGGGACAGUGAUCCAGUAACUGGUGUAUUAUAUCAGAGAAACACACAAUCAGCACUGACCUGGUAUCAAGCUCGAGCCAGCUGCCAACAACAAGAUGCAGAUCUUCUCAGUAUAUCAGAACUACAUGAACAGUCUUAUAUAUCAGGCUUGACAGAUCUCUUGAGUUCAGCUUUAUGGAUCGGACUCAACAGUCUUGACUUUGAGAGUGGAUGGCAGUGGAGUAAUGGAAACCCAUUCAGAUAUCUCAACUGGGCUCCAGGUAAUCCCUCUCUGGAGCCGGGCCUUAACUGUGCUGCAUUAAACGCUGGUAAAGCAUCCAAGUGGGAAAGUUUGGCCUGCAGUAAGAAGUUAGGUUACAUUUGCCGCAAGGGAAAUUUAACAGAUAUCACACCUUCAACAGGUAAAGAUCAGCCUAACUUCUGUCCAGUGGCGUGGGUGCCGUACGCCGGUCACUGUUAUUAUCUGCAGCGCACCAAGAAGACUUGGAGUGAUGCUUUGGCCGCUUGUCACAGAGAAGGAUCAGAUCUGGCCAGCAUUCACAACAUAGAAGAACACAGUUUCAUCAUAUCUCAGACUGGAUACAUGUCGACUGAUGAGCUCUGGAUUGGUCUUAAUGAUCAAAGGAUUCAGAAUCUGUUUGAGUGGUCAGAUAGAUCACACGUCACCUUCACUAAAUGGUUUGUUGGAGAACCUUCACACAUCACAAAUCGAAUGGAGGAUUGUGUUCUUAUCAAAGGACAGGAGGGAAAGUGGUCAGAUCAUCUGUGUGAGUCAGCUCAUGGUUACAUCUGUAAGAAGAAAGCUUCCACUAAACCUGAAGGAUCACCAGAGAUCAUCAGUCCUGGAUGUCCAGCUGGUUGGUUUAGGUUUGGCUAUUACUGUUAUAGCGUUGCCAUGGAAACCAAAACUUUUGAUGAUGCCAAACUGAUGUGUAAGCAGACCGCAGCUAACCUGGUUGAUGUUGGAAGCAGAUAUGAGAAUGCGUUUCUCAUCAGUCUGGUUGGUCUUCGACCUGAGAAAUAUUUCUGGAUUGGUUUGUCUAAUACUCAUCAGACUGAGCAAUUCCAGUGGAUCAAUGGUGCUAAAGUCAAGUUUACACACUUUAAUGUAGGCAUGCCAGAUAAGCACCAAGGUUGUGUAGCAAUGUUAACAGGAACUUCAGCAGGAUUAUGGGAUGUAUUGGCUUGUAACACUACACAGAAAAACAUCUGUAAGAAAAUGGCAGAAGGAGUCACUACAACCCGAGAGCCUCCAACCACACGACCUCUCAGCUGCCCGGAUAAUUGGAUUAAAAAAGAUCCAGGAAGUUGUGUUCUAAUCUAUAGAAUGACAAAGGAUAAGAAGAAGACUUGGUUUGAAGCGCGUGACUUCUGUCGAGCUGUUGGUGGUGAUUUAGCGAGCUUUCAUUCAGAAGAUGAAAUGAAUGUGUUAUCGGUUUUCACUUCAUACCCAGCGUGGAUUGGCUUUACUUCAUUGGACAGUAAUUCUGGUUUUGUGUGGUCAGAUCAAACUCCUUCCGAUUAUCAGAACUGGGCCUCUGGUGAACCAAACAACUACAACAAUAAUGAGAACUGUGCUGAAUAUGGCAGUAAUUAUGGACGCAAGUGGAAUAAUCGUGAUUGUGAUACUUAUAUGGACUGGAUCUGUCAGAUUCCAAUAGGCACACCUCCAAAAUCCCCACCAACAUCAGUCAUUCAAGAAUUUAACAAGACGUCUGAUGGCUGGAUUCAGUACAAUGGCAGUCAGUAUUUCAUUAAUAAGGAACGGCAUCCUAUGGAAGAAGCUCGUGACUUCUGUAAGAAGAAUCAUGCUGAUCUUGCUGUCAUUAAUGGUCAGACUGAGAGGAGGUUUUUAUGGAAGCAGAUAUCUAGAAGUGAAGGAUCACAAACUCAGUACUACAUUGGGAUGACUGUAGAGUUGGACAAAUCAUUUAGUUGGGUGGACGGUUCACCUGUUGUAUACACUGCAUGGGAACAAGAUGAACCGAAUUUUGCCAACAAUGAUGAGAACUGUGUGACCGUUUUGAAAAGCACAGGACUCUGGAAUGAUAUUAAUUGUGGUUAUUCGUUACCCUCGAUCUGUAAAAGAAGUGAUGAUUUUGUCAACACCACCAUGUCUCCAACCACUGUAUCAGCUGCCGGCUGCGCACCUGAAUGGACUCUGUUCAGAGGAAAAUGUUACAAAUUUUUUGAUAAUAAGAUGCCAUGGCAAAUAUCAAGAGAUUACUGCAUUUCAAAUGGAGGCAAUCUGGUGUCCGUUCGGAGUCACACAGAGCAAUUUUUUCUCACAACUUUAAUGCUAAGUGCUGUUGAUGACGUGUGGAUCGGUUUAAAUGACAUUGUCUCAGAGAGAAACUUUAUGUGGACCGACAAUCGAGCUGUCAGAUACACAAACUGGCUCAAAGGUCAACCUUCGUCAAGUUUACAGUCAAGACACUAUUUUGAGAUUGAGGAAGACUCUGAUGAGAUGGACGAAGACUAUUUUGAGAUGGAAGUAUUUGAGUUGGGACCUAUGCACCAUCAAUCUGCACACCACACAAUUGAAUAUAUGGACUAUGACUGUGUUGUGAUGGUUAAACACCCAGAGAAGUCCACUGGUAUGUGGAAAGUUGAAGACUGUAAAGAUGAGAGAGGUUUUAUCUGCAAGAGGAACACAGACUCUCAGCUGUCUGCUCCCGUGACCACAGCAGUACCACAGAAAUACUUCAGUCUGGGCAAUGAUUCAUAUAAGGUCCAGCUGGAGAAGAUGAGCUGGGAUGAAGCGAGAAGACAGUGUAAAGCUGAUGAUGCUGAUCUUGCGAGUGUACUGGACUCCAUCAGUCAGGCGUACACCAGCCUACAAGUCGACAAACUUAAAGAACCUUUGUGGAUCGGACUCAACAGUGGACUGACAGGUGGACGCUAUCGCUGGGUGGAUAACUGGCUUCUAAGCUACAGUAAAUGGGCUACAGGAGAACCCAAAAACAAUUUAGCUUGUGUUUAUAUUGACACGGAUGGAGACUGGAAAACUGCAGCGUGUAUCAACACAUAUUAUUCCCUUUGUAAACGAUCAACAGUUUUUGUCCCUACAGAUCCUCCUCAGCUGCCAGGUAACUGCCCGGAAUCAGAUCAGACGAAAAGUUGGAUCCCGUUUAGAGGACACUGCUAUACAUUCAUGACCUCCAUGAGUGACAUCUGGGCUCAUGCCACAGUAGAAUGUAUGAGAAUGGGUGCAUCUUUAUUGAGUAUUGAGGAUCCAAUAGAAUCACAGUUUAUCCGACAAAACCUGGAGAUCCUGCAGGAUGAAGUCCAGUCAGUCUGGAUUGGACUUCACCGGAGUCAUAUGGGUGACUGGAUGUGGAUUGAUAAUACGGUUGUGGAUUACACAAACUGGAAACCGCGGAUGCCGGAUGAUGUUAAAAUUUGUGUUGAAGUUCAGUCAAACACUGGGAUGUGGAGCACCAACAACUGUGAUGAUCGCAGGGGUUAUAUCUGCAAGACUGCUAAAGUUAUACCACCAACAGAGAAGCCAUCAGUCUCAGUUACACCAACAACAGCGAAGUACUCAGUCCCAGAUCUUCAGGUAUAUGAGAAGUCUCAGGUAUCGGCUGGCAUCGCUGUAGGGGUCGUGUUGGUCAUAAUCGCUGUUGCAGGUCUUGCCUGGUUUCUGUUCUUUAAGAGAAAUCCCAGGACUCUUACUGGAUGGUUUUACAGCAAAUUCUAUUAUAACCUCCCCGAGCCUAUUACAGUUUUUGAUAGUAAAGAACCUGCUGCCAACACUGAACAGAAUCAAGAUGAAUAACACAUAAACACACACACACACACACACACACAUUCUGGUCUCCAUGUUUUGUGGGGAUAUUCCAUAGACAUUAUGCGUUUUAUACUGUACAAACUGUAUAUUAUAUUCCCUUCCCCUAACCCAUACCGAGUCACACGAAUUUCGUUUUUGGAAAAUUUUUGUGUGAAUCACAUGUGUAACACAUUUGAAUCCCACGUGAAACACAUGUGAUCACAUGUGAAAUCAGUGGAUCACAUUUGGCACAUGUGGUGACAUGUUGUCCACAUGUAAAAAAUUGUCACCACAUUAUGCACAUGUGAUCACAUGUGUUUCACAUGGGAUUCAUAUGUUUAACACAUGUGAUUCACACAAAAAUGUUCCAAAAACACACAUUUCACAUGGGAUCACAUGUGUUUUUUCACAGAAUUCUUUCUGCUACAUUUUCAAGAAACAUCAUCCUGUUUGAUUUAUAAGCUUGUUGUUUCCUCAUGGGGACCUUAAAAUGUCCCCACAAGGUCACAAAAAUACUGGUAUUCCUAUCUUUAACUUGAUAAUUACCAGGUACACACACACACACACACACACACACACACACACACACACACACACACACACACACACACACACACACACACACACACACACACACACACACACACACACAGCCUUUAGUUUGAAUGAAAUGCUUAACUUCCACAAUAAUUAUGUUCAGGGGUCUCAUGCACCAAAAUGUUUUACAGGGGGAACAGCUUAAAAUAUUUAAACUGUUAAGUCUGUCAUUUGUUGUGACUUGGAAGAAUCAAUACCAUUGAGUGUCAAUGAUGUCACACUUAGCUGAUAAACGAAUGAGUGAUGUUUGUAAAUGCAGAUGUAAAUCGAAUUUUACCUGAUUGACAAAGUCACAUAAAGCAGUCAUACAACAUCAGAAUUUUGUAGGUGAUUUUCAUUUUUCUAACUUUCACUGAAGAACAACCAGAUGUGGCUGUAUAGGACUGCAUAAUUAUUAAUUAACUAAUCGAUUGCAGAAUAAAAGUUUUUGUAUACAUCAUA